AUGCCAAUCAAUAAAAGUGGUGCUCCUAUUCAAAAUGCUGCUGUUAUUUUUGCUGAAGUUCCAUCUGACUAUCCUGAAGCUGGCAAACAUAUUAAAUAUGUUAAAAAUCGAACAAUUAACAUAAAUUAUGUUAAUACACAAGGUGGUAUUAUAACAAAAAAUCUUGUCAUAUCCAUUGAUCCAUACAUGAGAGGACGUAUGAGACCAGCCGAAACAAAAAGUUAUGUAGAAUCAUUUGAACUCAAUCAACCAUUGACCAAUUUCUUCGUAGGUAAAGUUGUUAAAUCAGAUAAUAAUAAAUAUAAAGUUGGUCAAGUUGUGUAUGGACAAGGAGCAUAUGAAGAAUAUACAAUUCAUUCAAAAGAUCAAGCUGAAUCACUUCGUAUUUUAAGUGAUGAACAACUUAAACUUGGUUUAUCUUUAACAACAUGGAUAGGAGCUGCUGGAAUGCCAGGACAAACAGCUUUCUAUGGUUUCUAUUACAUUGGUCAACCAAAGAAGGAUGAAACAAUAUUUAUUACUGGAGCUUCUGGAGCUGUUGGUCAAAUUGUUGGACAACUUGCUAAACGUGAAGGUCUUAAAGUGAUUGGAUCAGCUGGUACAGAUGAGAAAGUACAAUGGCUUAAAAAUGAACUUUCUUUUGAUCAUGCAUUUAAUUAUAAUACAGUUAAUGUAAGAAAAGAACUUGCUAAAUUUAAUCCAUUGAAUAUUUAUUUUGAUAAUGUUGGCGGUGAUCAACUUGAAGCAGCAAUUGCUGUUGCUGCUGAUCAUGCACGUUUUGUUGAAUGUGGUAUGAUUUCACAAUAUCAUAAAUCAAAUGAUGUUGGCAUUCGUAAUCUUAUAUUGGUUGUUCGUAAACGACUUAAACUUCAAGGUUUUAUCAUUUUUGAUCAAACAAAAGAUGAAAAUUUUAAUAGAGAAUUUUAUUCGAAAGUACCGAAAUGGAUUGCUAAUGGUGAAUUAAAAAUUAAAGAAGAUGUUACAAAAGGUUUAGAACAAGCUCCAGAAGCUGUUGUUGGAAUUUUUAAAGGAAAGAAUUUUGGCAAAGCUGUCGUUCAAAUAGCUGAUGAUUAA